ACUAGGAUCAGGGCCAGGUAGCGCCCGGCAGCGCCCGGCCGGAACCAGCUCCGCAGCGUUGCCCCCCGGCGGUGUGCGGGGCACGGAGCUCAGGGCAGGGGGCUCGAGGCCGCCCCGCACUCACCUGCCGCCGGUGGGGUCCACCCGCCGCCUCCCCCCCUGCGCGCCCCCUUUAAGGCCGCUGCCCGCCGGCGCGCCUCUCCCGGCUCCAGCUGACGGCCCGCGGCGCUCUGACGUCACCGUGACCUCAGCCGCCGCGCGGGGCCCCGCCGCUCUGCCCAUGUACGGGCACCGCGCCCCGGCCCCGCUCCCCCCCAACGACGGCGGCGGCUCCACGGGCGGCGGCCGCUGGAGGGAGCCCGGCUCCGCGCCCGGCCCCGAGCGGGGCCCCCCCCGGGGGCUACUUCCGUGCGCCCGGCUGAGCGGAGCCGAGCCCGGUACGGGGCGUGCGGGGGGGGACGGGCGGGCACAUGGUGCGGUGGCGGCCGCAUGUGACCGCCGUCACCUGACCAACAUGGCCGCGGGGCCGCUGCCAGGUAACGGAGCCACCAUGGAGGCCCUCCUGCGCAGCGUGGAGAAGGACCUGAGCAUCGACCGCUGGCAGCUGGCAGCCGCCGCCGAGGGCACCCACGUCACCGCGCUGGUCCCGCACAAGUGGUUGGCCAACCUACGGGAACGCCGCGCGCUGCCCGCCCUCUGCCCGCGCCCGGAGGGGCUGAGCGAGGUGGAGGUGAGGACGUUCCUGCAACGCUCCGUGCAGAAGCUGCCGGCAGGAUGGACGCGGGUGGAGAUCCACGGGCUGCGCAAGGAGCGGCUGACGCGGCCCCUCCGAGUGCCCCCUGCCGCGGAGCCGCGGGGCGGCGGUCCCGAGACGCUGCACGGUUUCAUGCAGCGCGUCGCCUCGCAGAACUACCGCAACCUGUGGGGCCGGGCUCACUGCCUCUACGUGCGGCCCUACCGGCACGCUCACGCGCCACCCGCUGUGCCGGUGUUGGAUGCGCUCCGGGCGGCUCUGCAGAAAGCCUACGGCUGUCCCAUCCUCCAGGUGGGCAGGAGCGCGCCUAGCGCUUCCCCGGCCAAGGGGGUAUCCUCCGUGCCCUCCUCCUGCCCCAACGUGCUGCAGGCAGAAGCUCUGCUGGAGUCGGCCGAGAUGCUCUAUGUCAUCUAUCCCUACGUCCAGUACUGCCUGCACGACAUCGUGACUUUCAGCCCGGCGAAGCUCACCAACAGCCAUGCCAAAAUCCUCUUCCUGCUCUUUCACGUGCUGCAGGCCAUGAGGGCAUGUCACCAGGCGGGGCUGGCUUGCGGGGCAUUCUCCCUUCGCGACGUGGCUGUGGAUGAGAAGCUCUGCAGCCGGCUCCGGGUCAACUUCAGGGAGUACGAAGGAGCCAGGAAGGAGGAAACAAAUGUGGAAUCCGAUCUGGAACGAGUGAAAGAGCAAAGCGGCGCUGGGAUGCGAAGGGACAUGGAGAGGUGCUCUGCCUGCCAGCAGGAGCUGCGGGACUUGGUGCUGCAGUGGGUGCACGGCCGGGUCAGCAACUUCGACUACCUGAUGCGUUUGAACAGUUUGGCUGGGAGGAGAAUGGGAGAUCCCAAUUAUCACCCGGUUCUUCCGUGGGUGGUGGACUUCACAACCAAAAAUGGCAAAUUCAGGGACCUAAGGAAAUCCAAAUUCCGUCUCAAUAAAGGAGACAAGCAACUGGACUUCACCUACGAGAUGACCAAGCAAGCGUUCGUUGCUGGCGGGUCAAGCGGGGAGCAGCUCCAUGUCCCCCACCACAUCUCCGACGUCCUUUCGGAUAUCACCUACUACGUGUACACGGCUCGCAGGACGCCCAAGUCAGUACUGUGCUGCCACGUGAGGUCCCAGUGGGAGCCCAACGAGUAUCCAGCCAGCAUGGAGCGCAUGCAGAGCUGGACCCCGGAUGAGUGCAUCCCAGAGUUCUAUACAGACCCAUCCAUCUUUCGAUCCAUCCAUCCCGACAUGCCCGACCUGGACGUGCCGUCGUGGUGCAGCUCCUACGAGGAGUUCAUCGAAGUCCACCGCAUGCUGCUGGAGAGUCGGGAAGUGUCUCAGGACCUCCACCACUGGAUCGAUCUCACUUUCGGGUACAAGCUGCAGGGGAAGGACGCUGUCAAGGAGAAGAAUGUCUGCCUCCAUCUGGUAGACAACCACACGCAUCUGACGACCUAUGGGGUCGUGCAGCUCUUUGACCAGCCGCAUCCCAGGCGCAUGGUGGGACCUGCCUACACUCCUGCUGAAGCUCCGGCCAUUGCUCGGCCUCUCCUGCAGAAUAUCAAAGAGACUGCAUUUUUGGAGGACAUCCAGUGCCCCGUGACUGAUGCAGUUAACGGGCUGGUCCUGGAGGCUACUCCUAGUGAAACCACCUGGUCUGGGGAGAAACCCAUCGCUGGUGAAGAUGAUUUAGAGCAAGGCACGGAAGCGCUGGAUUCCAUUGUGGUGAGUAGCAGAGCUCCCGAUCAGCCCAGCAGCUCUUCAGCACAGCCCUCCGCCCUCCCUGCUUAUCCCACCGAAGGUAAAGCCUCGGGUGUCCGACCCCUCCGCCGGAGCAAGGCGGGCGCUGCAGAUCAGGCGGACAGGGACGACAUGAAGAUCUCACUUCCUGAAGGCUUCAAUCCGCUCCAGGCCUUGGAAGAACUGGAGAAACUGGACAAUUUCUUGGUUAAAGGCUUAAGCAGCGAUAUGCAGCUGAUGGAGCAGCCUGGGGAAGAGCCACUGCUGGGUCUCUCUGACCUCUUCCAGAGGGAUAUGCAAGCUUUGGGCAUUCUGAUCGCUGAGAUAAUAUUUGCACCGAGGAUCCGGCCUUCGAAGCCUGACGCGUCCCUGCUGGAGAGGUUCCUGGUGGUGCGUAACCUGUGCCGCUACCACCCCAAGGAGAUCCCGGCCCCGCUGCAGCACGUGCUGCACGUCCUGCUGCAGCUCAGCGUGCCGGUGGAGAAGCUUCUGAAGACCAGGCUGGGCAAAGACACUGUGCAGCUGUUUGAAUACAAACCCAUUUCCCAGGGCCUCCCCCCACCUUGUCCCACACAGCUCCUCAGUCCCUUCAGUUCUAUCGUCCCCUUCCCCACGUACUUCCCAGCUCUGCACAAAUUCAUUUUCACCUAUCAGGCGAAGAAGAUAGAAGAUGAAGGUCAGGGCCGGGAGCUUGUUUUCCAGCUGUGGCAGCAGCUGGAGGGGAUUCUUUCUGAAAUCACUCCCGAAGGCUUGGAGAUUCUUCUGCCCUUCAUAUUAUCUCUGAUGUCUGAGGAGAAUACCGCUGUCUACGCGGCGUGGUAUCUCUUUGAACCUAUAGCUAAGUCCCUAGGUCCAAAGAAUGCCAACAAAUACCUCCUGAAGCCAUUGAUCGGAGCCUAUGAGACCCCCUGCUCCCGCCACGGCAGGUUCUACCUGUACACGGACUGCUUCGUGGCCCAGCUCAUCGUGCGCCUGGGGCUGCAGUCCUUCAUCCUGAACCUGCUGCCUCACAUCCUGCAGAUUCUCGUUGGCAUCGAGAGCUCGCGGGAGGAGAGCAAAUCCCUCCUCGGCGCGGCUGAAGAUGAUGAAAGCGGAGGGGGCAGCCCCAUGUCGUGCGUGUUUGGGGAGGAGAUCAAAAUGGACGUGGAGCACAGCUCCGCUGCGCUUGACCUCCUCGACUACACCUCCGGGGUCAGCUUCCACGACCAAGCCUACCUGCCCGAGAGCGAGGACUUCCAAAGUGGUCUCUACGUCGGGGAGUCCCUGCAGCCCCAGGAGCAGGAGUCGCUCAGCCUGGGGCGGCUGAGUGAUAAGAGCAGCGCUAGCGAGGUGUCGCUGGGAGAGGACAGACCUGCGGACGGGGACUCUCAGAAGGACAAGAGCAGCCUGAAGUCGGUGGACAGCAGCCAGGACCUGAAACAGAGCGAGGAUUCGGAGGAGGAAGAAGAGGAGCGCGAGGAAGAGGAGCACGAUGACACCGCAGUUGACGCAGAGCUGGCGGGGGCUGUGGAUGCUGGCGUCUCGGUGGAUGCUGGCACCUCCGUGGACGUCACCCUGGCUGAUGACGGCAGCGAGCCAGAGGAUGGAGAGGGAGAGGAACUGCCAGAUCACUCGGAUGACAAAGAGCAGACGAUACUCCUGGACACAGCCUGUAAGAUGGUGAGGUGGCUCUCGGCCAAGCUGGGCCCCACUGUCACAUCCCGCUUCAUCGCCAGGAACCUGCUUCGUCUGCUCACGUCCUGCUACGUCGGCCCCACCAGGCAGCAGUUUGUACCCAGCAACGAUGAGAACGGUCCCCUGAGCACAGGGAACAUCUACCAAAAGCGCCCGGUGCUGGGAGAUCAGGUGUCCAAGCCGGUGCUGGCUUGUCUUCUGCACGUGGCAUACCUGUAUGGAGAGCCCGUCCUCACCUACCAGUACCUGCCCUACAUCAGCUACCUGGUCGCACCCGGCGGCGGGGCCGGCGGAGGCCGACUGAACAGCCGGAAGGAGGCAGGGCUGCUGGCUGCCGUGACGCUGACGCAGAAGAUCGUGGUGUGUCUUUCAGACACCACACUCAUGGACAUCCUCCCCAAGAUCAGCCAGGAGGUGCUGCUCCCGGUGCUGGGCUUCCUCACUUCCCUGUCUGUCGGUUUUCCCAGUGGUGCCCAGGCCCGUGUUGUCCUGUGCAUUAAGACAAUCAGCCUAAUCGCCUUGAUCUGCCUGCGGAUCGGGCAGGAGAUGGUGCAGCAGCAUUUGAGUGACACGGUGAGAAACUUCUUCGGGGCGUUCUCACUGCUGCAGGAGCUGCAGGACCAGGGAUUGACGGUGGAGUCGCUGAGCGGCUGUGAGGUGCCGGUGAUGGAGGUGCCCCUCUUGGAAAGGAAGCUGCUGGCCCUGGAUCCGGCAGUGCUGAUGGAGUUACAGAAGGUGUUUAACCCUGAGAUGGCCUACAUCACCUACAUCCCCUUCUCUUGCUUGCUAGGUGAUGUUAUCCAGACGGUUGUGCCCAACCACUCGCUGGUUGAGAAGUUGGCCAGCCUCUACCUGGAGAACGUGAACCCAAAGAACCUGCAGGUGGUUGGCCUAGAACAAGCACCGAGCACAGCAGGCUCAGACCAAGAUAUGCGAGGGACCGAAGCGUUCUCCAGCCACCACGAGGACAGUCACUCUGGUACUUUUGGGAGCGUGCUGGUAGGGAACCGCAUCCAAGUUCCUGUGGACACGCACCGUGAGGGUCUGGGCUUACUUCGCCUCAGUGCUGGCACUGAUGGCUUUAUCCCCAGCUCAUCCUGUGAGGAAAACACCCUGAAGCACGACCUUCCUCGCAGCACCCACAUGCUGUGUGGGAACUGGCUGGCUUAUUGGCAGUACGAGAUUGGGGUGAGCCAGCAUGACCCCCGCUUCCACUUCCACCAGAUCAAGCUGCAGAGUUUCUCAGGGCAUUCGGGGGCCAUCAAGUGCGUGGCACCACUCAGCAGUGAGGACUUCUUUCUUAGUGGCAGCAAGGACAAAACUGUCCGCCUUUGGCCCUUGUACAACUACGGGGAUGGUACCAGCGAGGUGCCACCGCGGUUCACCUACUCCGAGCACAAGAAGUCUGUUUUCUACGUGAGCCAGCUGGAGGCACCGCAGCACGUCGUGAGCUGUGAUGGGACUGUGCACAUCUGGGACCAGUUCACGGGCAAACUUCUCCGGACUUUUGAUGAGUUAGACAGCAAAGUCCCCAUCACAGCUGUGACCACCAUGCCUCCUCCCUAUCACAGCAUUUCUGUGGCCAGCGCAGACUCCGUGCUGCGUUUCAUUGACCACAGGAAGCCAGGAUUGCAGCAUGAGUUUCGGUUGGCCAGCGGGGUGAGUGCUGGGCUGAUCCGCUGCUUGGCUGUCAGCCCUAGCGGGCGCAGCGUUAUGGCUGGCUUCUCUUCUGGUUUCAUUGUGCUGCUGGACACCAGGACGGGACUCAUCAUGCGGGGGUGGCCUGCCCACGAGGGAGACAUCCUGCAAAUCAAGGCUGCAGAGGGCAAUGUGCUAAUCAGCUCCUCUUCAGAUCAUUCCCUGACCGUCUGGAAGGAACUGGAGCAGAAACCACUGCACCACUACAAAUCUGCAUCUGAACCCAUCCAUGCGUUUGACCUCUACGGCAAUGAAGUGGUGACUGGCACCGUGGCCAACAAGAUUGGUGUCUACUCCAUGCUGGAGUCCUCAGCCCUGCCCAUCAGCACGACCAAGCUGAGCUCAGAGAAUUUCCGGGGUACUCUGACCAGCCUGGCGGUGCUGCCCAUGAAAUGCCACCUCCUGCUGGGCUCAGACAAUGGUGUGAUACGCCUCCUGGCAUAGCAACCCCAGCCCGGGAGCUUGUGGCUGUCCCACAGCUCUGGUAGUAGAGCUGAAAGCCAGCAGUGUUGCUGACAGAAGAGGCAGAGUUAGGUGUUUCUGAACAGAGGAUGCAGGAGGGAGGUGUACUUGUUAGCGAGCGCUCGGUUAAGCAUCCCUAACCUCUUUCUCUAUCUUAAAGAAAAAAAGAAAAGCCAUAACUGAGAAACCUCCACUGCUGCUGGGAGAAAUACUGGGCGUUGUAGGUCACUGUCACCCCUGCAGAGAGGUCUGGAGCUUUCCGUACCGUGUGUGCCUGAUCCCCAGGGGACUGUGAGCUGCCCUCCAGAGAAACGUGGACCAUGGGCAUCCUCCUCCCUUCCAUUAAGGGGUAAGAGGUUGCCCUCGACACAAACACAAACGUAUAGCUACUGCCAUCUGCACUUACCCUUCACACUCCGCUCCUGAACCACUGAGUAGUCCUACAAGGAUAGCGUAAGUGGGCACUGCCUCCUUUGGAGCUGCGUGCUGCUGGGCACAUCCCCUCCUGCCAUCUGUGGGUUCAAAGCCCAGAGGAUGCAUGCUGUUAACUUUAGGUUCUGCUGCAUGAGUGAGAGCCUGUAUAGGAGGAGGAGAGGUUAACUAGAGCUUUUUUGUUGCCUGACUGGCUCCAGAGCAAAGGCAGGAAUGCAAGCCAGCCAAGGCACAACCCCCCUGUCUGCUGUACUGGUUCAUCCUAUGAUUUAGGAAUGAGCUGCAGAGGGGCGGUCUUGGAGGCCAGAACUGGAUGCUUCUAUCAGGUUUUUGCUUCUGGAGCUGUAAGGUAGGGAUGGAUUGUUGCUGGUUCCUACCCCAGCUGCACUGCAUCCUGUAAUUAUCAGCAAGGUGAGGAAUGCUCUGUAUGCCACGCAUUGGCAGCAUUUCUCAAGAAAUUCUCAUCCUCUCUGCUCUCCUUUGUGCUGGUCAGACUUCUGGGGAAGACAGAACAGCAAAAAGGUGCUCAAUUUUACCCCUUCCCACCACAGGUUGAGAACCUGAGGUUACAAUCCAGAAUAGCAUUCCUCUGACCUUCCCUUUGGGACAGCACUGUCUGUUCCCAUCCCUGUGUGACCCAAAGGGGAGGAGAGUGCUCUUUGACCCAGCAGCAGGAGCAGCUGCUUCACUUCUCUUGCAGCCCUUUUCCCAUCCAUCCUUCUCGUUAUCAGGGGAGCGGGAAGCUCUUACCUUGGGCGGAGGAGGAGUCUGCUGUGGGUUGCCCUGGGAAGGGAAAGUGAGGGCUCCCAUCUAGCUGCCAGGGAGCUGGGAAGCUGCCCUGUGCUUUCAGGGAGGGGUGUGGUGGUGAGCAGUUGGCCCUGGCUAUCCUUCCCCAUCCAAGGGGAGCUCUCAGUCCCGUGUUGCCUAUUAACCAUUUGCAAUAGAUGUAAAUAUUGACUUCUAAUAAACUCUUUGAAAGAGAUGCAGAGAA